ACUCUUUACCUUCUUAAACCCUUUGUUUGUUUCCUCUUACACUCCCCCGGUUAUCAGUAUCAAGCAAGAAGAAAUUGGAGAACCGACGAUCGGAAAAUAAAAUUAAAAAAAAAAAACCCUAGAUUCAAGUAGGAGUCACUCAAUUUCGCAACAAUGGAGGCUGAAGAUGACUCUUCCGGACAGAUGAUGGUCGAGGGUGAGAUCUAUUCUAACGGAGAAGGUCUUGAAACUGAGCAGCGUCCCCGGCCGAUCAUUAACGGCGAACAGCUGGACAUCGAGGCUUACGCUUCGUUAUACACCGGCCGGACGAAAAUUGUGAGGCUUUUGUUCAUCGCGGAGCGGUGCGGCAACGUUUCGAUGCAGUUGGAAGCUUUAAGAAUGGCUUACGAUGAGCUAAAGAAGGGCGAGAACACUGAUCUCUACAGACAAGUUGUUCAGAAGAUUGACGGUCGUUUGGGGCCUAAUUACGGGAUGGACACAGCGUGGGCUGAUGCUGUCGACCGUCGGGCUGAGCAGAGGAAGGAGAAGCUUGAGAACGAACUCAAUGCUUAUAGGACUAAUUUGAUAAAAGAGAGUAUUAGGAUGGGGUACAAUGAUUUUGGUGAUUUUUACUACGCGCAUGGUGCACUUCCCGAAGCAUUUAAGAAUUAUGUUCGGACUCGUGACUAUUGCACAACUGCAAAACAUAUUGUUCAUAUGUGUUUGAAUGCAAUUUUGGUUAGUAUUGAGAUGGGGCAGUUCACUCAUGUAACUAGUUAUGUCAAUAAAGCCGAGUCGAACUCAGAAGCUGUUGAUUCUAUCACGGGUGCAAAGCUGAAGUGUGCCGCUGCGCUAGCUCACCUGGAGGGUAAAAAGUAUAAGCUUGCUGCUCGCAAGUUUCUAGAAGUUGUUCCUGAAUUGGGCAACAGCUACACAGAAGUAAUAGCACCACAGGAUGUUGCAACAUAUGGUGGAUUGUGUGCACUUGCAAGCUUUGACCGAACAGAACUGAAGAGCAAAGUUAUUGAUAACAUUAACUUUAGGAAUUUCUUGGAGUUGGUGCCAGAAGUAAGAGAGCUAAUUCAAGAUUUCUAUACCAGCCGGUAUGCUUCCUGCCUGGAGUAUCUAGGAAAUCUGAAAAACAACUUGUUGCUUGACAUUCAUUUGCAUGACCAUGUGGAGACAUUGUAUGGGCAAAUCCGCAACAAAGCCCUGAUUCAGUACACUCACCCAUUUGUCUCUGUUGAUCUGCAAAUGAUGGCAAAUGCUUUUAAGACUAGCAUUUCCGGAUUGGAGAAAGAACUUGAAGCUUUAAUAACUGAUAACCAAAUACAGGCACGGAUUGACUCCCACAACAAAAUUCUUUAUGCUCGCCAUGCUGAUCAGAGGAACGCAACCUUCCAGAGGGUAUUGCAGACAGGUGAUGAAUUUAAUCGGGAUGUCAAAGCCAUGUUGUUGAGAGCAAGUCUUGUUAAGCACGAUCAUGCCGCCAGGUUAGCAAGGAGACAUUAGAUACAGGGAUGUACCGAUGAUCAGCUGCAACCUUAAAAUUCAUUAUCUUGGAAAGGAGAGGCUGAGGAAUUUGUUUAAGCAUUGUUAAACUUCCGAAAGAGACAGAUAUCCAUUUGGCUUUUUGGGGUGUUGAUUCCCGUGAUGGAAAUGGUCAAUUAGUUCUAUUAAGCAUUUGUUGUUAAUCCCUGUUAAUAUUGACAAAUUUGCUACCCCAGUUUACAAGCAUUUCGGUACAUAAUGCUGUUAUCGGUCUUCUUCCUUUCGUCUGAAAUUGUCGCUUAUGUUUGGUACAGAAGUGAUGCAUAUUAGUAUGCCAAUAUUCUCCCGCUGAUAUAGAAAUCGGA